UCCUCUCUCUCCCUCCCCUCGUGUGUGUGUGUGUGAGGUAUAGCGCGUACAGUUCACAGCAACACUGUCAGCUGUAAGGCUGCCGCUUGUCCGCCAACAUCUCUGAGUUGUACUUCUGAGAUCCCAGCCAGGCCUAGGGAAGAAAGAAAUGAAGCUGCAACUGAUACACCAGAAGCUGAAGACGUCAACUGCCUUCCCUGAUGGGAAGGGGAACUGUACCCUGUGGAAUUCCAGAUUGCAGAAGAUUUGCAGAGAUGCAGUACUGGUGUUGGCCGUGGUUGUCAUUCUUAUCCUCCUGAUGAUGGUACAGUUACUGCUGUUCCCCUACAAUCACCAAAUGGACAAGAAGAUCAGCAUUCCCUUUGAGAUCAAAAAAGCUGCAGCUGAUGUAGACUUGGGCUGGUCAGACUCAUGCAGUCUUGUUCUCGUUGAGAGUAUUCCAGAGGGGAUGCAUUUUGGACCUAACUCCACUGUGAACCCAUCUAUUUUUGAAGGGUGGAUGAAGUUGUUGAGGGAGGCAGAGAAAAGCAUUGAGAUCAGCUCCUUCUACUGGACCAUGCAAAACAAAGACACGCACACAUUGGAACCUUCUGCCAACCAGGGUGAAGAAGUUCUGCAGAAAUUGAAGGAUGUUUCUAAGGCUCUGAAUGUCCGUAUCGCUGUCAGUAAACCAUUGAGGACAGGAACUCUGAAUGACCUGCGUCUUCUGGAGAAGAAUGGAGCAAAGUUUACAGUUGUGGACAUGGCCAGACUGACGGCUGGAGUUCUACAUACAAAAUUCUGGAUUGUUGACAGGAAACACGUAUACAUUGGAAGUGCCAAUAUGGAUUGGAGAUCGUUGACCCAGGUUAAGGAGCUGGGAGCCAUCAUCUUCAACUGCAGCCAACUGGCUGAGGAUCUGGGCAAAAUUUUCGAGGAGUACUGGAAUCUCGGUGGGCACAACAGCAGCAUCCCAUCUCCAUGGCCUAGUAAUUACUCAACAGUCUACAAUGAGAAAAACCCUAUGGUGCUGGAGCUCAACGACAGUCUAGCCAGUGUCUAUUUCUCAAGCUCUCCCCGUGCGUUAUGCCCAGAUGGACGGACUGAGGACCUUGCCUCCAUUCUCAGUAUCAUCGAUGAUGCACAAAAGUUUGUGCAUGUGGCAGUCAUGAAUUAUAUUCCAGUAACUGUGUUCUCUUAUCCCAGAAGAUACUGGCCAGAUAUCGACACGCAUCUGCGGAAGGCUGCAUUUGAACGGAAAGUGAAAGUACGGCUCCUAAUUAGCUGCUGGUCACAUUCCAACCCAUCCAUGUUCCCUUUCCUCCAGUCACUGGCAGCUCUGAAGAGUCAUGAGAGCCAUCUAAAUGUGGAAGUGAGAAUUUUCGUGGUGCCAGCAACACCGGAACAAAGUAGCAUUCCCUAUGCACGAGUCAAUCACAACAAGUACAUGGUGACGGACAGAGUGGCUUAUGUUGGGACUUCCAACUGGUCUGGUGACUAUUUUAAUAACACAGCAGGUGUGGGCCUGGUGGUUAACCAGAGCAGCACAAUGAGGCACUCCUCAGGCUCUUCCGUGCGAAAACAACUGCAGGAUGUGUUUAGUCGAGACUGGCACUCACCGUUUAGCAAACCCCUGACUGAAGGUGUGGAUUUGAGUCAGAUCUGUAAAUAUAUCUAACAGGUCUGUGGAGAAAUUAUUCACUCAGUGCCAAUGUUGAACCAACAUGAGAACCAAAAUCCUGCACGAACCAAAAUCCUGCACAACCCAAAAAUGGAUCCGGAAUCCUAAUUGAUCCUGACUCACAUUCAUCAAUUCCCUUCAAGGUGUCACAUUCGACAGCGAGUGAUGGCAAAGGAUGUGAUCAUGGAGUUGAAUUUUCAUUGAGUACUUCUGAUCAGUCAACAAUCUUGGCAGAAGAUCCUGGAAAUCACAACUUUGCCAUUGCUCCAGGAUUUCCUUGAGAAAUGAGUGGACUAUCUUUCAUAGAAAUUCAACCUGACAGAAAUUGGUACUUGUGCAGAAGCUGUCUGGCAACGAGUGUUACCAACACCCUUGUAAUUACCCUGAGAUUACUGCAUACUGCCUUUGCAUUCCUGUGUGUUCACCGUCUCAGAGUCAGAUUGUCAGGCUGGGUGGGGUCUCUAAAUGCUGGCCCUACCACUCAUUGAGAUAUGAGCCAAGAUCAAUGUCUCCCUGGUCAGUUGCUGUAAGAAUCUUCACAGGUAAUGUGUUUGUCAACCUGCUGGAUUUGAUCCAUAUUCGCAAAGUAGCUUUGAUUCAGUAAUCUCACACGGAGCAUAUAGGCCAACAGUUGCAAAGCAGUCACCACAGUGCUAUGGACGCCACACUGCUCUUGUCAGUCUGCUCUAUGAAGAACCUUUAUUCUGUAUCUGACACCUUGCUGUACCUGUUCUGGGAGUGUUGGGGACAAUGUGAAGGGAGCUUUUUAUCUGACCUGUGCGUACCUGUUCUGGGAGCGCAUGAUGUUUGUUCCAAUUCUAACAGGAACAACUUACGAUUAUUUCCUUUGGAGGUACUUAUACUGUAUCUGUGCAAACACAUUUUUUUAUUUGAUCCAGUUUCCCCAUUAAGUAGCCACAUUAAAUGUGGGGAGAAUGCCAGAGAUGCUGGAGCCUGAUGUACUGCAUUUUCAAUGCACAUUAUGCGACCUUGUACUGUACACCUACUUUUGUCAGUUUUGAAAUAAAAUCUAUUUUCAGUUCCACAA